CUCUCUCUCUCUCUCUCUCUCUCUCUCUCAAGUUCGAUGCGUUAGAUGGAUGCUUUGUUUGAUGGUGCUGCUUCAAUGGUGUUUGGUUCGAUCUGUCACUGAACCUGCCUGGUUUGCAUAUCUGAAGUUUGGAUCUAUAUGGCGUCGUUAACGGUUGAACAGACCGGUGAAUCAACAGCCGGAGAGUCACAAAGAUCUCUACCGACGCCUUUUUUGACGAAAACCUAUCAACUUGUGGACGAUCCAUCCAUGGACGACUUGAUUUCGUGGAACGAAGACGGAACGACCUUCAUCGUUUGGCGAUCAGCUGAGUUCGCCAGAGAUUUGCUUCCCAAAUACUUCAAACACAACAACUUCUCCAGCUUCGUUCGCCAACUCAACACUUACGGAUUUAGAAAAGUUGUACCUGAUCGGUGGGAAUUCGCGAACGACUGCUUUCGAAGAGGCCAGAAAAGACUUCUGAGAGACAUUCAACGCCGAAAAAUAUCUGCGGUUGCGGCACCGGCUGCGGCAGCAAUGGCACAAGCAGUGACUAUGGCUGUUGCACCGCGGUUGAGAUCGCUGUCGCCAACAAAUUCAGGCGAUGAGCAAGUUUUGUCGUCGAACUCGUCGCCGGCUGCUACGGCGACAGCCUUGGCCCUCGGUAGUACGUCGUGUAUCACCACGCCGGAGCUUUUAGAAGAGAAUGAAAGAUUAAGAAAAGAGAACGCGCAAUUGAGUCAAGAAUUGAAUCGAUUGCGUAUCUUGUGCUGCAAUGUGUACAAUAUGAUAUCGAAUUACACUGUGAAUCAAUCGGAAACUAGUACAUUACCGGAAGAUAGGGAUUUGGGUUUGUUGCCGGCGAGGCUGGUGGAGGUAGACGGCGGAGCCUCCAUGAAUAGUGGUGGCGUGGAGGCGGAGAUGGAGAUGGAGACGAACCCAAGAUUGUUUGGGGUAUCCAUUGGUGCGAAGCGCGUGAGGAGGAGUGAAAGGGAUGGUGGUAGGCAAAGACAGGAUCAAGUACAGUCGGAUGGUUGGGAUUUGAAAUCUGAGCCGUUAAGACAAAUAGAUUAUGAUCGAAAGAUACAUAAAAGAUAAGUGGAUGAUGGUUAAUGGACACGUGUACACCAAUUUGUUCCAUGUUCUGGACCCUUCUAGGAUUGAGAAGGCUGGCCCACAUGGAAUUUUCGGGUGCCAAGAAAAAGCAACUUAGGCUCAAUGACUUGGAUUUGUGGGCUUUGGGUCAUGGCUGAUUGGACUUGAAACUUGUAGGGCUGUGAACUUUGUACAUAUCGUUAGUAAUUUUUGUAUGUAUAUUCUGAAGUGAGUGAGAUACCCAAGAAAGUAGGGAAUUUUUUUUUUUUUUGGGGGGUAAGUAAAUAAAAGUAAGGAUUAAUCGAAAUGUUAAAAUUAUAUUUGAGUCUUGUUAAACGGACGUGCUAUGUAAUUGAUAGUAUUCCAUUCCAUUUAGUUUUUCGAUCACUA